AUUAGAUGGCAGAACACUGUACGGACCCAUUCCUAGCAUUCAGUGAGGAGCGAUCUACUCUUUUAAUUGAUAAUUCAUGUUUUCAUAAUGACUUGGACCAGUCGAUAUAGUGAAAAGUGGCCUCGUUUGACUGCCCUCUUUCACUUGGAUAACGGAGUUGAGUCCGAUGUUCACGAGAAUGGUCGUUAUGAGACGACAUUCCAGGAACCUCCCACCUCCGAACCGUUUUAUAAAUUUUAUCUCCACCCGGACGACAUCGGCAGGGGUAGAAGUGUCAGUCAGUACUCCAUGCAGAAUGCUGGCAGGGAAGGCGCAAACGGUUCUAGUGUUUGCAAUUACGCCAACAUCAGAAUGUUUCUUGGAACGGUGUUACUCUUCAGUUUGGCGGGAAUUGUGGCGGUUGCAGUGACUCUUGCAGUGCUUUUGUCCCAACCGCAUGGUUCAUCACAAAGGUUCUCAAAAAUUGAAGACAAGACGUUUUCUGACAGAUUCCUGAUACAGAAAGAGAAGUUUUUAUCGCAAGAAUUAUGCAGUAUGAUGAAAGAUAUGUUUAAACUGGAUGCUAACGAGAAUAAGCCUGUCCUCGACUGUUCGGUGUCUCUGUUGAUUCAGGAUGGACAUAUGAAAGUUGACUUCAAAAUUCCAGCUACAGACAAGUUAAUGAACGAAGAAAUGGAAAAGAUAAAACAGAACGUGUUAACAAACAUAAAAGACUUAGACUUUGGUCUCGGUGUGGUUUCCAACUCCGACGACAUUAGCAUUUACAAGAAAGACAACCAAAUAUCCACCACCGUUCAAAUAAUACUCAACACAACCAAGUCGUCUUCUAGUGUCACUCCGGCACCCACUACUAGCGAGGUCGUUACCCAGAAAGAUGAAGAAUUGGAGGGAAUGGAAGCUUUACCGACUACCACGGCGAGAUUAUUGAAUGUUACAGAAGGCGGGUCAACCAUUACUGAGACAACAGACAGAGGACCGAGAACAUCUACAACAACAGCUGAAAUACCCCCGGGAUCAACGUUACUACCUAUCACAACUCAUUCGACUGAGACAUUGAGAUCGACGACUGAGACGUUGAGAUCAACGACUGAGACAUUGAGAUCGACGACUGAGACAUUGAGAUCGACAAACCCACUUCCGGACCACACAAGUAUGGAUGAUUUAUCGUUUUUGUCUCAUUUCAACAAAACGAUAAAAGAUCUGAUUCAAGACUUUCAGGGGUUUGGUGUAACAGAAAAUCCCAUUUUAGGGAGUACACAAUCUAAUGCAGAAUCAAAGCACGCGGAACAUGACGCGUCUGUAACCAAUAAUUCUACUACAAUGGAGACAAGCCACGGUAAAACACGACAAUAUUCACCAGAAAUAAACAUGGAUUAUUUUGGACUGUCUCUGGGCUCUAGUGACAAUCUAGAUUUAAACGGAUUGCAGUUUCUUGGCAAAGAUGUGACUACACAUGCAAACAUUCAAAAUAGGAGCAUACAGAUGUACGACGAUUUAGGUGUUACGAAGACGCCUGUGGUGUCUGAUUUUAAAGACGUUGCAACACCUCGUGAUAAAAAUGAUGCAAACUUUAGAAGUAAUCCCACACUGACUUCCCCUCUCACCCAGUAUUCUACCACUGAAGCCAUACCAUCUCUAGAUGAUUUGUUUCAAAACUUUGAUGGACUGAAACCAAAUGAACUAAUGCACUCAAAACAAACUGAUAAUCCCACAUCAACUUCCCCUCUCACCCAGUAUCUUACCACUGAAACCAUACCAUCUCUAGAUGAUUUGUUUCAAAAUUUUAACUUUGAUGGACUGAAACCAAAUGAACCAAUGCACACAAAACAAACCGAUAACAAACUACUUGUUUCUACUACCCCUACGUCUUUAACAACCACAUUUCUUAAAGCAACCAAACAUGUAGACAAUGCCGGUAUCGAAUCUCCAACAAACACGUCGAAUUCAACGCAACUUUCUUCCCUGCAGGAUUUAUAUCAAGAUUUUUUGUGGAAUUUUGGUACUAGAGAGCAAACGACCACAAAAACAGAAUAUCCUGUGCAUGACCAUAGCGCCCACAGUUCAAAUCCUGACGAACAUCAUGGGAUGCAUGGUUUGAGUUUUGCCCCUGCGCAUUUUUCAAAGAAAACUAUAGCACCAGAAUUGACACUUACAAAAGACUCUCAUUUUGAUUUCGAUGGACUGGAGAGCGUGUCUACAAAAAAUACAACAUUUGAAACUACCAGUAUCAUCAACGAAGCGAACAUAACAGAAAAUGCCACACUUGGUAAAAACUCCGGUGAGAGCGAGGCACUAUAUUCCUCGGCUGUUCCAACGAAUGACUCGCUUCUCAGGACGGUAAUGCCGAGAUUGGAUGGAUUAACAACUAGAUCAAGUCGCAUUCAUGAGCAAAGUGGGUUGUCAACAGAAUCGCGAGAGAUAGUCAUCCCUGUAUCAAAACAAGAAGAAUCUUUGGAAUCUGGCGUGACAAAUAUGUUUAGUGCGGAGAGUUAUUCAGCUGUUACAUCAACCCCAACCAUUAUAACUGAAAACACUGCUCUUCCUUAUUCAAUUUUUAGAAGCAAUAGUUCGCAAACUACGAUAAAAAUGCUUUCUGGAACCUUUUCAAUGGAUAAUUCAAACAUAAAACAACUCUCAGAUAUUGACUUGAAGACAUCAGCAAUAUUACAAAGCCCAUUAGUUGAGGAUAACAUAAUGACCUCUGUUGUGAAUAUUGUACCAACGCAGUUAUUGUCAUCUUUUAAUACAGAAUACAAACAAACUUCGACACCGAUGCAGAAUUCUUUGAAAAGUUCUCGAACAAGGUCAGCUUAUGAGAAAACCGCAUACACUGAUGAACUGAUAACCUCAAGGAGAAGUGAUCUGCCAUCACAUUUCAUAGAAACUUCAUUUUCGAAGGAUACUUUUUCAUCAUCGCGCAUGAACAUCGCUGAAGAAUCUUUUAGUUUACACAGCUCUAAAAUAGGUUUGAUUAUAGAUGAUGUCGUUUUCCCAAGGCAGCUGUCGUUCCCUGAACAGAAACUUGCAGACCCCACUUUAAUGUACUUUCCUGUAAUGUCUGAUCCAUCAUCCCUUGCUGAUUCGUCGUCAUUGAACCUUGACAAUAAUCACUCACUGAAUGAUGCCGGAUGGGAAAAGGUUAUCACAAAUUCUAUCGAGUUAUCAACAGAAACGGGGCCUUCAAACCGUAUAACCAAAAGCUCUAAUGUGAUAAAUGCCCUCUCCUCUGUACAAAAAUCGCCCUUAAAAGAAUUGUCACAUGCUCAGAAAACUUCAGUCAUUCCGUCUCUGUCUGUCUCGCGGACUACCAGUAGCAGGCUUGCUCAACAUUCUGAAGUUUCCCAAAGUUUUUAUUUUCCAGAUAAUUAUGAUACAACAAACGAUGAUAUAGAUUUGGUUCUGGGCUCUAACUUGCCAUUCAGAAAGUAUUCAGAACAUUUGAACAAGGCUCAACACUCUGAAAUUCAACCGUCAUUUUAUACCACUUUUGUUCCUUCUUCAACAUAUGAACCUUUGGAACCUUUGUCCUCGCCAAUCAUAGCGUCAGAACUGACGACACAUUUGCUCCUUAACCCUUCCGAAAUUUUAGACAAGAGUUUGGCUAUUCAAGCAUCAUAUGAAGUUGAACAUGUUUCAAACAAGCAAACAUCAAGUACACCGAUUAUAAACACAACAGAAAGCUUUGUUCACGAAGAACAAACCAGUGACUCCUCAAAGAUUUCAAUGGACUUAGAUAUAAACAGAACAAAAACACAGGACCCGGACUCGUCUUCUCUUUUUCUGCGUAAAAGUAAUCGCACUUCUGACAAUGAUAAAGGAAAAGUGAAUGAUACGUUUUUAGUAGGUACACAAGUGUUUCCAAACAUAAUGAACUCUGUCACUUUUCCAGAUCAAAAUUUGAUUGUGUCCAUUAGAGAAGCAGUGCAUCCGUCAUUAUCAUUGAGUUCAUCGUUAGAUAAAUCACUAGUAGAACCAGUUCAAAGCGAGGAGAUUGGAGUUUUCGGAACACAUCUUCAGUGGGAUGCUCUCGACAUACAACCAACCAAAUCUAUUCUUUUGAGCAACGAUUUAUCGACAGUUAUGACGCAGAAAACUGAACCUACUUUACAAACUGAUUUCGAGGAACCAAUUCUUCUGCAUCCAAGCACGUCCAUCGAUCCUCUUCACUUAAAAUCUAAUUCAAAGGCACAUGAUCAGAUCCCAUCCGUAUACACUGUUACUCACGAACCCAUUGUCUACUUGACCAUUGAUACACGACCAGUCACCCACUCUUCAAUAUUUCUACAACCAACGCCAAGUCAUUCAUUUCAGGCUACUCUGUUCAGUAAACUAGAGGAUCUUAAUCAAGACAAAAUCAAAAUUAAAAGCAUAUCUGACGAUUUUAUACUGUCAACAAUGAAAACUCCAACGAACUUAGCCAUCACUACAUCUAGACCAAAAUUAACACCUGCACAAUUUUCUGAGAUUCGAAGAAGGCUUGCGCGUCUAAGGGCAGCUAAAUUGGAAAACCUCCGACGGCAAAGAAAUUUGUUAAACAACAAUUUCAAAGUAGGAGAGGAUUUUGCUCUUCGGCGGGAAAUUUCGGGUAGUAACACUGCAGCUACAUUAGUCGGUAGAGGCCUUAAUAGACGUCCGCAGCAAAGACCUACGCCUCGGCCUAGGCCUCAGGUAACGACAGAAAAUCCGCGUCAGAGAAUCGACAGAAAUAGACUGUUCCCCGGCUUUAACACCGAUGGGCAAUUCAAUAGGAAUUUUUUCAAUAAUAUCCGCUGGAAUGGCUAAUUCUUGUACAUGUACUUUGAUGUUUCGUGUGGAUUGUUUUGUGUUCUUUUCGUUAUUUCUUGUAAAUUGUUUGAAGAUUACCAAUGCAAAAUUUUUCACUGCGAUACAGCAUGAAGCUUCUGACAAUUUGUUUAUUGAAUGCACUGUUUCGUUAAUUUGUUUAGAAAAAUAAAGAAAUCCAAUUACUUUAUUACAUAA